AUGUCGAACCCUACGCCAGCCCAGGAAGAAUUCAAUGCUCUACUAGCAGCCAACUCCCGUGACACCAGCAAAGUACAUCCCGAAGACCGAGACCACGACCGUCGCGAACAAGACAGCAUUGACCUCGACGAGGAAGAGAGAUAUCGCAACUCCCAAAUCGACGCCGCCAUGCGUAUGCCAUCUCUUGGCCAGACCGGCUCCGACCUGAAGCUGCCCCCGGCUAGCUUCGAUGCCGGUCGUACCACUGGUGUCAAGGGCGUCAUCGCCGAUGCUCGCAAUUACGAGAACGCUCGCAAGACUUCCUUCAUGAGCCGCGCGCGCACCACAGUGAGGCGCUCCAUCUUCGGCCUCGACAACAUCAACUCUCAGCCGCCACCAUCAAACAAGAGCGAAAGCGAGACGGACGAAGGCAACGGCAGCGACUCUGACGACAGCUUCAUGCAGCAAUGGCGCGAGAGCCGCCGAAGAGAACUCGAGAGCGACUCCAACAAGGUCAUCCGGAACCGGAGAACGAGUCCUAGUGUGCGAAUUUACGGACGUCUGGAUGAGGUGGAUGCCUUGGGCUACCUCGAUGCCAUUGAGAAGGUUGCGCGGGACACUGUUGUUGUCGUCUUCGUCUAUGAUCCAGAGCACUCAACAAUACACUUUGUCAAGGUACACUAUCUUGACAUUGAGUUCGACAACGCCGCCGUGCCUGCUAUUUUGGCGUACCGCAACCAGGGUGACAUGAUCGCCAACCUUACAGGCAUCAUUGAAAUGAUCCCCGAUGACGAGAUGUUUGGUACCGACACGCUGGCACGGCUUUUCCAGAAGCACGACAUCCUAUGA